AUGAUGGCCCAACAAGGAGUGAAGAAGACCAAGCAGCUGCUCAUUGUGACUACUGUAUUGUUCGUAAUCUGCACAUUUGCAUUUUACUUCACUUUCUCUGAACAGCCUAGAAACGUCCCCAUAAAUGAAACACCGCCGGAACCUCAGUGUCAGUGUAACUUUGCUGGCACCAUUUAUGACUUCUGCUAUCAUCUACCACCAAAACCACGCGUUGUUGGAAAACGUUUCGACUGCGCUAAUGCCGUACACUUGGAAAAUCUUGGUCUCCUAUCGGCAGAGUAUGCUCUUAACUUGAAGAAGGAUGCGUUCCCGGAGCCUGUGUUUGUAACGGCUAUGUCUGACAAUCAUUUCAGAGAGGGACUAACACUCGAGAAAUGUCUCUUGGAAAUUCGCGUGUUUCCGUUCGACAUCUUCCCGUCGUAUGUGAAGGACCUAUAUCAGUUCCGAUGGAAACCUUUAAUUAUUGCGAAGUCGAGCCAGCAGAGUAGUCGCGUUGACGUCGGCAAGGUACCACUCGACGAGAGAAAGGUGCGAGUAACCAAUCGGUUGCAAAGAGAUGAUUCUGAUUUGCGAGAAUUCAUGACCUUAAAGGAAUUUGGAGCAGUUUGGUACAUGGACACUUCGAUACGAUGGAAAAAGGAUCGUCUCGAUCUAGUACAUGAUGAGAUACGGUCAAGAAACUUUCUCAAAAAUCCAAAUGUUACAACAUGUGGAAAGUCCGCAUAUCUUCUGCAGUUGUCAUCAUCACAUGGUGUUUUCCCGACUACAAAUCCAGGAGUUUAUGAGUAUAUUCCCACCAUACUCCGCUAUUUGAAACAACGAUCGAGCGAGAAUCAUGAUGCCGGUUUUGCAUUUGUCGUCAGAACGAAAGAUGCCAUCAAAAUUCUGAAAUGGUACGUCCUGUGCGCAUUGGAAAAAGAUUGCAUGGCACCUCCUGGAGCACAGCUAUAUUGCAACUUUGGAGAAGAUCGUUGGGAUCAUUACGCAGGAUGUCACAGAUAUGACCAGUCAGUAAUCAACCUUCUACUAGCCAAUGCUUACGGGUACAAUGCGAAGAACUACGUCAGCUGCCUCGGAUUUGAAGGAGCUAUUGUCAAUCGAUCAGCUUCGAAUUCAUUGAAAGCAGAAGACUUUUUGUGCGAUUCACGAUGA